UAUUCUUCUCCUUAUUAGCAAUCGUUCUUGCUCCCUCCGUGUGAAUCAGGUGAAUCAUACUAUGUAUUCCUGCGUAUUGCUGACGAGAUCUUCACCGUCGAUCCGCCGAGUAAUCGGAAUCCAACGGCUGAACAUUCGCCCAUUUUCGAAUCAAGCAGGAGGAUCAGCUUCUUCUUCAUCGGCGAGCUUGUUUUCCGAGUCGAGCAUUGACGACGAUAAGCGGAGAGACUCUGUACUAGGUUUUUUCUUGAGGUCUGUUUCAGGGGUCGUUCUGGGCUCGAGUCUUGGGUUCUGGUUGUGGUCUUCCUCUGCUGCUGCAAAUUCUUCCAUCUCUUUAGCUGAUUGCGCGCCAGAAGAUACUGCAGAGGAGCGGCAUCCAACGCAUUCGUCCUUCCGUCAUGUGGCGCAAGAGAAGACAUCUAAGUUCCUCUUUGGAGAGGCAUAUAGAAGGAAAGUCUUUUUUAACUAUGAAAAACGCAUAAGGAUGAGAAGCCCACCAGAAAAGAUUUUUGAGUACUUCGCAUCUUUUAGGUCUCCAGAAGGGGAAGUAUUUAUGACACCAGCAGACUUGAUGCGAGCAGUUGUUCCUGUAUUUCCUCCAUCUGAAUCAAAUCGUGUUAGAGAAGGGUAUUUGAGAGGGGAGAGGAGAGGGGAGAGAACUCCUGGCGAGUUGUACUGUGCUCCUUCGGAUUUCUUUAUGCUUUUUGAUACUAAUAGCGAUGGACUUAUAUCUUUUGCAGAGUACAUCUUUUUUGUUACAUUACUCAGCAUCCCAGAAUCAAGCUUUUCUGUGGCAUUCAAAAUGUUUGACCUUGAUGACAAUGGAGAGAUAGACAGGGAGGAGUUUAAGAAGGUGAUGGCUUUGAUGCGAACACAUAACAGACAAGGAUCUCGUCACAGGGAUGGACUGCGGACUGGGUUCAAAAUUGGGAAGUCUGUUGAAAAUGGGGGUCUAUUGGAGUACUUCUUUGGCAAGGAAGGAAAGUCAUGCCUCCAGCAUGAAAAAUUUGUCAAGUUUUUGAGGGAUUUGCAUUAUGAGAUUUUGCUGUUGGAGUUUGCCCAUUAUGACUGCAUGUCACAGGGAACAAUAUCAGCCAAGGAUUUUGCCUUGUCAAUGGUUGCAUCUGCCGAUAUGAGCCAUAUAAACAAGUUUCUUGAUCGUGUUGAUGAAUUAAACAAUGAACCACAACUCAGGGAUAACCGCGUCACAUUGGAGGAAUUCAUGAGUUUUGCAGAGCUACGUAAACAAUUGCAGCCAUUGUCUUUGGCUAUUUUUAGUUAUGGGAAAGUAAAUGGUUUGUUGACAAAGAAGGAUUUACAACGAGCUGCCUCCCAGGUUUGUGGAAUUUCUCUCUCUGACAAUGUCAUUGACAUCAUUUUCCAUGUAUUUGAUACGAAUCGAGAUGGGAGUCUAAGUUCGGAUGAGUUUGUAAGAGUUCUACACAGACGGGAAAGCGAUGUUGCACAGCCCACAGAGGAAGUAGGCCUCAUUGGAUUGUUAUCAUGCUGGAUGAACUGUGCAAAGAACUGCUCUUUUGCAGGGAUGUUUUAACUCUUUUAACUUAUUCAGGGCCAUCAAGGUUUAUUGGAAUUUACGGCUCCAAGAUAUUGAUCGACUUAGAAAUGAGUGAUCAAACAGUGUGGGAGCUGGGAUAUUUUUCACCAGUGAAAUAUCGCCAAAAUAUUUCAGGUACUCAUCAUGGAGAGUAUAAACAAGCAAUUCUUAUUAAGGAUUGUAUUGAUGGACUAAUGAGUACACUUCUGCAGAACCUUUGUUAUAAAAGAGGAUUUACAGUCUCUAUACUGAGUGAUGGAAUGGAAUGUCUGCCUGAACGACCUCUUUUACUUAUUGUACAGUUGUUAAUAUUUGUACAUAUCUUCCCAACUUUUAUUCUUUUCACUUACCUAUUUAUGUAAACACUGUGAUGCCUCA